UGUUGUCGCUUCGUCAGCAGCCGGAGCUCCAGCGGCGGCAGAGACGCUACAAGAUGGAGGACGUUUUCCAGCCCAGAGUCCUGCUGCGCACUGCAGAUGUUAAAAAAGAGGCUGAUAUGAACCAGCAGGAGGCGCUGCGCCUCCAGAUAAAGGAGGAAGAGGAAGAACUCUGUGUGAGUCAGGAAGGAGAGCAGCUCAGAGUGAAGCAGGAGACGGACGGCAGGUUUCCAUCUACUGCAGCUCCCAUCAGCAGUAAGGAUGUUAAAGAAGAGCCUCCAGAAGAACAGAGUCCUGAUGUGGAUCCUUUCAAAGUAAAAGAGGAAAAUAAUCAAAUGUGCUGCCGUCAGGAAGACGAGCUGUUCAGAGUGAAGGAGGAGCCUGAUUAUUCCAGGCUCCCAUUAAAUAUUGUUUAUGUAAAUAGUGAGGAUGAUGAAGAGAAACCAGUGAUGUCUCAGCUUCAUCAGCAGCAGACAGGAAAUGGAGAUCUUCCAACCAGCAGCUCAGGCGACCAGAUAAAAGCAGAAAUUGAAGUGGAGAUCAGUGGAGCAGCAGAGUCCAGCAGGAACCCAGAUCCAAAUACUGCUGGAGGAACUUUGAGCCAAUCAGAGACUGAAGAGGAGGAGGAGGAUGAAGAGGAUGAAGAUGAUGUGAACCAGCAGAGUAAAACAUUGUCAGAGUCUGAGACUGAAGACAUUCAUCAAAAAUCACAUUUGGACAUAGAUGGAAACAUUCCUGUUGGUGACGAACCUUUUGGUUGUGAUUUUUGUGGGAAAAGAUUUUCCUUAAAGUCUUCUUUAAACAAUCACGUAAAAAUCCACACAGGGGAGAAAUCCUGUGAUUUCUGUGGAAAAACUUUUAACUCAAGUUCAGACUUAAAGAAACACAUGAGAGUUCACACAGGAGAGAAACCUUUUUGUUGCGAGGAUUGUGGAAAAAGAUUUUCCCUAAGUGCAUCUUUAAACAGACACAUGAGAAUUCACACAGGAGAAAAAACAUUUGCUUGUGAUGUUUGUGGGAAAACAUUUACCUUAAGCUCAUAUUUGGAAAAACACAUGAGAAUCCACACACAAGAAAAACUCUUUGGUUGUAAUGAUUGUGGAGAAACAUUUUCCUUACAGUUAUGUUUAAAGAGACACAUGAGGAUCCACACAGGAGAGAAACCGUUUGGUUGUGAUGUUUGUGGUAAAAGGUUUAACUUAAAGUCUAAUUUAAACGUACACAUGAGAGUUCACACGGGACAGAAACCCUUCGGUUGUGAUGAAUGUGGUUUAAAAUUUAGCACAAAUUCUAAUUUAAAGGAACACAUGAGAAUCCACAAGGAUGAAAAAGCCUUUGCUUGUGAUGAAUGUGGAAAAAGAUUUAACGUAAAGUCUAGUUUAAAGAGACACAUGAAAAGCCACAAAGGUGAACGACCUUUUAGUUGUGAUAUCUGUGGGAAAAGACUCGCCUUGAAGUCCAGCUUAAAGAGACACAUGAAGAUCCACAUGGAAGACCAACCUUAUUUGUUUGUGGGAAAAGAUCCACGCUCAGCUGGAGGGCAGCCGGAGCUCCAGCGGCGGCAGAGACGCUACAAGAUGGAGGACGUUUUCCAGCCCAGAGUCCUGCUGCGCACUGCAGACCAGAGUACUGAUAUGAACCAGCAGGAGGCGCUGCGCCUCCAGAUAAAGGAGGAAGAGGAAGAACUCUGUGUGAGUCAGGAAGGAGAGCAGCUCAGAGUGACGCAGGAGACGGACGGCAGGUUUCCAUCUACUGCAGCUCCCAUCAGCAGUAAGGAUGUUAAAGAAGAGCCUCCAGAAGAACAGAGUCCUGAUGUGGAUCCUUUCAAAGUAAAAGAGGAAAAUAAUCAAAUGUGCUGCCGUCAGGAAGACGAGCUGUUCAGAGUGAAGGAGGAGCCUGAUUAUUCCAGGCUCCCAUUAAAUAUUGUUUAUGUAAAUAGUGAGGAUGAUGAAGAGAAACCAGUGAUGUCUCAGCUUCAUCAGCAGCAGACAGGAAAUGGAGAUCUUCCAACCAGCAGCUCAGGCGACCAGAUAAAAGCAGAAAUUGAAGUGGAGAUCAGUGGAGCAGCAGAGUCCAGCAGGAACCCAGAUCCAAAUACUGCUGGAGGAACUUUGAGCCAAUCAGAGACUGAAGAGGAGGAGGAGGAUGAAGAGGAUGAAGAUGAUGUGAACCAGCAGAGUAAAACAUUGUCAGAGUCUGAGACUGAAGACAUUCAUCAAAAAUCACAUUUGGACAUAGAUGGAAACAUUCCUGUUGGUGACGAACCUUUUGGUUGUGAUUUUUGUGGGAAAAGAUUUUCCUUAAAGUCUUCUUUAAACAAUCACGUAAAAAUCCACACAGGGGAGAAAUCCUGUGAUUUCUGUGGAAAAACUUUUAACUCAAGUUCAGACUUAAAGAAACACAUGAGAGUUCACACAGGAGAGAAACCUUUUUGUUGCGAGGAUUGUGGAAAAAGAUUUUCCCUAAGUGCAUCUUUAAACAGACACAUGAGAAUUCACACAGGAGAAAAAACAUUUGCUUGUGAUGUUUGUGGGAAAACAUUUACCUUAAGCUCAUAUUUGGAAAAACACAUGAGAAUCCACACACAAGAAAAACUCUUUGGUUGUAAUGAUUGUGGAGAAACAUUUUCCUUACAGUUAUGUUUAAAGAGACACAUGAGGAUCCACACAGGAGAGAAACCGUUUGGUUGUGAUGUUUGUGGUAAAAGGUUUAACUUAAAGUCUAAUUUAAACGUACACAUGAGAGUUCACACGGGACAGAAACCCUUCGGUUGUGAUGAAUGUGGUUUAAAAUUUAGCACAAAUUCUAAUUUAAAGGAACACAUGAGAAUCCACAAGGAUGAAAAAGCCUUUGCUUGUGAUGAAUGUGGAAAAAGAUUUAACGUAAAGUCUAGUUUAAAGAGACACAUGAAAAGCCACAAAGGUGAACGACCUUUUAGUUGUGAUAUCUGUGGGAAAAGACUCGCCUUGAAGUCCAGCUUAAAGAGACACAUGAAGAUCCACAUGGAAGACCAACCUUAUUUGUUUGUGGGAAAAGAUCCACCUUAAAGUCAUCUUUGAACAAUCUCCUGAAUGAACAGAGGUGAAAACCUUCAGGUUGUGAUGGCUGUGGAAUCCAACAGGAGGAACUGGAAGACUCUGAAAGUUGCUUUUAAGCAGAAAUGCUACAAUUUAUUUUUAGUUGUGAUGUUUGUGGAAAAGGAUUUUCAUCAAAAUCAAAUUUAAAGAUAAAUGUGAACAUUGGGUUUGGGGAUUUAUUCUAUCAUUUUUGUGAUAAAUUUUUUAGUAUAAGAAUUUAUUGUUGUCAUAGUAAAUCCCAAUUAAUGUUUAAAACUCUCCAAACCGUCUGUAUUGUUGGUUUUACUAUUUUCUCCUGUUUGUUGAAUGAAAGAAUCAAUAAAUAUUGUUUGGAUUGAAAUUGCUUUUUUUGCUGCAUGAGUUAAUAAAACUAAUGAUGGUUCUGA